CGGAGUGUUGAGUGGGCUCGAGUGCCCGAAUAAAAGGCACGAUCCUUUCAUUGGCGGCUGGAUAAUUGUGUGAAAUGCGGAUCGUGGAUAGUAGUCUUACUCGUUUGCCGUCUGUGUGAAACAGAUAGCGGAAAGUAAGUGGACAAGUGAGACAGUCAUAUAAAAAUAGAGCAGCGAGAGUGGCUAACGGCUUUCGGUAUAAAAUCCGUCCAAUCACCGAUUUCAAUUUAAUGCGAAACCGAAUGAUUUUAGCUACCAAAGACGUGACGUAGCGCGUGUCAGAGUGCAUCAGUCACGACGUGAUCCUUGGCUGUUUUGCGGUCAUCGUUCGUGGACCUGCCCGGGUCGUCGCGAUUUUACACUCCCCACUAUUAAUCGGGAAGUCCAACGGUAACUCCUCUUAUCGGCCAAUCCGAGAAACGGAUCGCUGGGGCUCGUCUAUGAGCAAACACGUUCCGUAAUCACAUAUAAAGGAAGCGUUUUAACGGACACUGGUAACAUGCCGCCAAAAUUCCACGGUAUCAGCUGGACGAAUUUGACGCGGGUUUCGCGGCAGUUUGACGACAAACGGAGCAUUUCUAUCAACUGCCGCUGUGUCAUCUCAACUGGCAAUCUUCUCAACUCAAUUUCGAUUCAUGCUCCGAAGAUCAACCGUUCCACGCAUUUAGUCGCACCGUCUAACUUCGUAAUCGAAAAAGCCUGCAGGAUGCCGCCCGCUGUCGAUAUCUGUCACUCUCAAAAUCCGAGAUUUAUUGUGACUCAUGCAGCAAAAAACCCAUCAACUAAAAAUGGACUUGAUUAUAUCGGUAAAAUACCUCUAUUAAAUGCAUGUACGGUAGAGAUCUCGUCCAAACUUCGCUACUAUAUUGAAGAAUGCGCUUUACUGUGCAGUCCUAAAGACAUUUAUAUAUGUAAUGGUACUGAUGUCGAGUACAUGCAAAUGCUAAAAAUUCUCCGAAAAAGUGGAACUAUCGAAAGCUUGCCCAAAUACGAAAAUUGUUGGUUGGCAAAGACUAACCCUGCAGAUGUGGCACGUGUCGAGAAAUGUACGUUUAUCAGUACAGACUUGAAAAGUGAUGCUAUUCCUAUACCGCGUAAAGGUAUAAUUGGAGAGCUUGGAAAUUGGAUCUCUCCUUAUGAUAUGGAAAAAGCUAUUUCAGAACGUUUUCCAGGUUGUAUGAAAGGACGCACUAUGUAUGUGAUCCCCUUCAGUAUGGGACCUGUAGGUUCUCCACUUUCUAAAAUUGGUAUAGAAAUUACCGAUUCGGCUUAUGUAGUUUGUUCGAUGAGAAUAAUGACUAGAAUGGGAGAAAAGGUACUUGAGGCUCUGGGAAAUGAUACUUUCGUUAAAUGUUUACACUCGGUGGGUGUGCCGAAACAUAAUUCAAAAGUCAGUAUAACUCACUCAUGGCCAUGCGAUCCCGAAAGGACGAUUAUCCUUCACAAACCUGCCAAAAACGAGAUUGUGUCUUAUGGAAGUGGUUACGGCGGAAAUUCUCUAUUAGGAAAAAAGUGUUUUGCGCUUCGAAUUGGUUCCACGAUAGCCAGGAAAGAAGGAUGGCUUGCUGAACAUAUGCUCGUAUGUUUUCCAUUUUUUUAUAUAGCCCCAUCAUAAUUUAUCCUUUUUGUU